GGUCUCCAUACUCUCGCUAUGUGUCAGUUGCCAGUCCUGGGCUAAACAAAAGCGGCGGAUAGUACCCAAGGCAAUCAAACCUGUGCAGAGGAUAUUCAAAAACCUGCUACAGACGCGUGAGAGCCUUCGAAGGAAAAAGUCCACGUUUUCGACAAGCCACAGCCAUCGUUGUUACACGGGAUUAGCACUCAGAUUUAAAGUUGAACCUGAUUUUUUCUUUGCAGAGCAGGAGUGGCUAAAAGCAACAGCAGCAGUUCAGAUCAGAUUUCACUCAGACCAGCUGGGAGACAGCGAGACCAGCUUUUAUUGCCUGUACUCCUUUCCCUCUCUGGUCCAAGGAGAGCACAGAGGGAGCGAGAGAGGGAGAGACGGACUGAGAUCCAAAGGAAUUUCUCGGGAUAUUCCUUUAGCCCGAGAGAGAAGCGUGCUUGUCAAGCGGGAGUGAGGCAUAGAAGAAGCCUGAGAUGGACGACCAGCCGCGGUUGAUGCACUCUCACGGAGUGGGGAUGGCCGGACACCCCGGCCUUUCUCAGCAUAUGCAGGAUGGAACUGGAGGGACAGACGGAGAUGGCAGAAAACAGGACAUUGGAGACAUUUUACAGCAAAUCAUGACCAUAACUGACCAAAGUCUGGACGAAGCGCAGGCCAGGAAACACGCACUGAAUUGCCAUAGAAUGAAGCCUGCUCUCUUCAACGUCUUAUGCGAAAUUAAAGAAAAAACAGUCCUGAGUAUCCGCGGCGCCCAGGAGGAGGAGCCUCCGGACGCCCAGCUGAUGCGAUUGGACAACAUGCUGCUGGCGGAGGGCGUGUCCGGGCCGGAGAAAGGGGGCGGGUCGGCGGCCGCGGCGGCCGCGGCCGCAGCCGCGGGGGGGGCGGCGUCAGACAACUCGGCCGAGCACUCGGACUACCGCGCCAAGCUCUCCCAGAUCCGCCAGAUCUACCACACCGAGCUGGAGAAGUACGAGCAGGCCUGUAACGAGUUCACGACCCACGUGAUGAACCUGCUGCGGGAGCAGAGCCGGACCCGGCCCAUCUCGCCCAAGGAGAUCGAGCGCAUGGUGGGCAUCAUCCACCGCAAGUUCAGCUCCAUCCAGAUGCAGCUCAAACAGAGCACGUGCGAGGCCGUCAUGAUCCUGCGCUCCCGCUUCCUCGACGCCAGACGAAAAAGACGGAACUUUAACAAGCAGGCGACGGAAAUCCUCAACGAGUACUUCUACUCCCACCUCAGCAACCCCUACCCCAGCGAGGAGGCCAAGGAGGAACUGGCCAAAAAGUGCAGCAUCACCGUGUCCCAGGUAUCAAACUGGUUUGGAAACAAAAGAAUCCGAUACAAGAAGAACAUCGGGAAGUUUCAAGAAGAGGCCAACAUGUAUGCCGCCAAGACUGCCGUCACCGCGGCCAGCGUGUCCGCCCACGGCAGCCAAGCCAACUCUCCCUCCACCCCGAAUUCGGCAGGUUCUGCCGGCUCUUUUAACAUGUCAAAUUCCGGAGACUUGUUCAUGAGCGUGCAGUCACUCAAUGGGGACUCCUACCAAGGGGCCCAGGUUGGAGCCAACGUGCAGUCGCAGGUGGAUACCCUUCGCCAUGUUAUCAGUCAGACAGGAGGAUACAGUGACGGACUCGCAGCAAGCCAGAUGUACAGUCCGCAGGGCAUCAACGCAAACGGUGGAUGGCAAGAUGCUACAACGCCCUCAUCAGUGACUUCGCCCACGGAAGGACCCGGAAGCGUCCACUCUGAUACCUCCAACUGAUCCCUCUACCAUACAGUGCCCCCCCCCCACCCCACCCCCUCCCAGCAAGAACCGCAGACACCCAGCCUUGCCAGUGACCCCCCCCCCCCUCCCCACGCAGAGUGGUGGUAAACACCCCCCAGUAACAAAUUAGGAUGUCCCUUUCCUUUGGGAAUGCUGUGAAAUCAAAACGAUAUCCACACACGCGUUGACAUUGUUUGUCCCUGGGUAUGAAAAUUAAGAACAAAACCGGUACUGUGGAACAUUUGCAAUACAGAUUAACGAGUUCACAGCAACAAACACGUUUGUAAAGUUUGAAAAAUGUAUCUAGAUGAUCCAAUUCACCCGAGUAAUUGGCUCACGUGCUAAAUGUUACACAAAAUAAUGAAAGCAACGGGCAACACUUUUGCAUUUCACUUUAAAUGCUUUCACACUACCUCUUAGCAAAAACAAAACAAAAACAAAAAACAAAAAAAUUUUAAAGAAGCAUUUUGUUCUCGAGAAACUUUGUUACUACUUGCAGUUGCAGUACCUGACCACUCCUGUCAUUCCAGAUGGUUAGAUUUUAAAGGACACUCUUCCGUCUCCAUCCAAUGUUUAUCUUUGCCCGCGUACGUCUUCGGCUGCAGACGCCAUUUAUUUUUUCUGUCAAAGUAUUUACGUCGUUCCUCCCCAGAGCUGAAAACAAAUAGCUUUAGAGAGAGAAAAAAAAGAAGAAAAAAAAGUCAAUUUGAUGUUUUCCUUAGAACAAAUAGAGGGGAAAUGAUUGUCCAUUUUGCAUGGCUUACCGAUGCAGUGGCGUGUCUGGACGACAGCUACAGCGUGGUGGGGGACGCGAUCGCAGAAGCGAGAGAGCGCAGAAUGAACCCGCUAGGACAGCAGGUCCUGCCCCUCAGCUCUGACUAGCCCGUGCGUUUUCUAGAAGCGUGGCCUCAACACACUGAGCGCUGUAGUGUAACGUCAGUAAGUGCCAUGCAUUAGCAGGCCGUUAAAAGUUCGUUCCGACACCGCCACCGUCCCCCUCGCAGUUUAGCGAUCACGUUUUCAGUCCGUUUUCACAUUUUACACUUUCGUAUUUCUGUGACGGAGUUGCAACAUAUGUAAGCUUAUAAAAAAAAUCUCAAAAGAAAUUGUGACAUUGAACGAAUGACCCCAUGGUGUUCUUUUUUGUGCUAAGGAAUAUGUCCGUCUCACAGGACUGUUACAUUUUUUAAAUUCCAUUAAUCUGUAUUUUAGCAUAGCAGGAAGCAGGAACUGAUGAAUGCGGCACCAUACAUUUGCUAAGCCAUCUUCCUAUAUACGGCAACACAACAAAGCAACUCAACAUACAGUAGAAACACAUUUUACAGUCAUACUAUGUAGUAGUGAAUUCGAUCUACUCCUGACUUCUGAAAGUUAUGUGCAGUCAAAUCCUGAUGUCUGACUUCAGGGAGUCUCUCCAACUACAAUAUGCCUUGUCCUCAAUGGCCAACUCCCCUGGAAAUCCAAGAUGUAAUAUGCUGUUCUCUGUCUUAAAGUUUUCCAAGUGUGCAUUUUGAAAUGCCGAGGAGUAGAACUAUGAUAAAGAUAUACCGUAGGGCUUCCAUACAAAUGUCACAUUAUCAUGUUGGCAACAUUUCGUUUUUCGAUCAGUUUUUCCAAAGCCAAGUUAAGUUAGGUCCAUAACAUGUGUUGCAAUUCCUGAAACGGAGCAAUUCUUGUCCAAGUAACGAAAGAACUAUGACUCGCUUAACUUCAUUAUUGGAGUGUUAAAGUGAAGCACGUUGUGAUUGGCUUAAACAUGGGCUUUCAGCUGAGUUUACCUUUGUUCUGGGCUCUGUCUUUAUCUGACUUGGGCUCUUCAGUGCCGGUUGUACACUGCCUCUUAAAGUCAGGAGCGAGGGCAUUUUUAACCCCUCUAACAUAUCAGUAAAAAUUCCCAGUAAUUGCAGCCUUAUCACAAUUACUUGUUGAAAAGUUGCGCUUUCCAGUGAUUACACAUGAAAUGUUCACACGAUCAGUGUACUACAGUACAUGAGUAGUGAAAUAUGAACUGUACUCUAUUUCUGGAUCCUGACUGGUUCUGGAUUCAGUGCAUACUCACACAAUUAGCGUUUCAAUGCAAUAUCAUAAGGGAAGCAUUAUAUAUAGGGAAAUAACUAUCACUCUGUUUCUAAGAUUUAUCAUUUUAGCCAAAUGCUGCUGUUAACCAAAACACUUGUGUAAUAUGUGCAUAAGAAAAUGAUUUUUAAAUCAUAAGCUGACCUGUAAAAAGUUAUUGGUCUUGUUUCUAUGAAGUGCUACAAAUAUGUGGUCAUUAAAACACACUGCUUGUGUAUGUUUUGCAUCAUUGUUCAAUAUUAGCUCUGUACAGUGUGCCGUUUCUUUGCUGACCGUUUAAAGCUGGUCCACAAAGUUCCAACCUAAAAUCAGACUACUACUAGUUAAUUGAAAAUAAUGUUGUUGGGAAAUCCAAUACAGUUCUAAUUUCUGUUAAAAAUGUAUUUAUGUCUGUCGAGGGUCUUGGUAACCAAGUUUGUUUCUCUGCGCAUUAAAUCACAUCUUGCCAGAAUCCACUUAAAUGUGGAAGUCAUUAAGCUAAUAGGAUUUAGACAUUUCUACAGUCACUCUUAGCUCUGUCGAUUCAGGUAAUACCAGGGCAUGGCCAUCCAACACAAUGGCUCUAAGAUGGUGUUCUAUUGGAACGGGAAAACAAAGAUCACCACGAUUCAGAGUAAACCGAUUUCACGAACAUCUAGCAAUGCUCAUGAACAUAUGUUGCAAUAAAUCAUCCUAUAUAUUGUUAAGCAAGCAAACAAAUCCAAAAUGUGAAAUGUUUUUGUCAUGGUUGUGUUUCAUUUUGCAUAAUUUUGUCAUGUUUACUCCCUCUUCUACUGGUUGCCUUCCCUUACAUGGUUACACGUCUGACCAGACCAUUUCUUUGAUAUACCAAAAACACCAGAAGUUUAAAUUGGCUCCAUUAUCAGCUUCAUUAGCAGUUCAUCAUCAGUAAAACUUGUCUUCUGCCGUUAUCGCUAGUGCUAACGUUUAAUAAGUGAACGUUCUGGAAUUCUCACAACCACAAAGCAUUUCUAAUGAAAUUGUGUUAAUAGAACAAAAGGAUAAAACCAUUGUGGAACGGAUGACGAUACGGAUUUGAUAUAUUUUUGUGUGUCCUCGCAUUGUGGUUGACAACACAUUUAUUUCUUCCUUCAUUUUCUUUCUUUUUUUAAAAAGUUUUUGCAAAUUUGCCGUCUUACUGCGCAGGGCUAGCACCGUUAUUUUCUCGUUCUCAUAUGUGAAUUAGCUGAAGAAUGCUACAGUACGUAAAUGUGGAUUUUGCUCUUGGCUUGCUUCAUUGAAAAGGGAUGGUGUCCAUUUUUAUUUUAAAAUCAUUGCAGCUAAAUAUUUAAUGGAAAUAGAGAGUGGAAGACGGGGAGGAAAUUCUUGUGCAUUUGAAUAUAAUCCACUGGAUUUACUUUUUUUACGUCCAGUGUGGUAAAAUUCACCCAAUCAUGCCGGCGAUGAAGUCUUGUCAAAGUGUUGUUUUUCGACAACAUUAAAUAAAAUGUUAAAUAAAACAUCUCUAAAAACAUACUAAAAUGCAUUUAUCGUGAGCGGGAAUGAAAACAAAAAACAUUUGAACCAUCUGACAAUGUAUAUAUAUUUUUAUAUGUGAUAUAGAUUUGAACGGAUAUGUUCCAAAUCAUUCAUCAAGUCAUUAGAAUACAGCUAUAUUAUUUAUGUUCUCUAUAAGCAAUUGAAGUCCUUUGUAGAACAGCAAGAUGCUCAUCGUUCAUUGGUUCACAGUUCAGACUCAAAAUCUUUUAUCUCAAAGUAGCUGUAUUACACUUGAAGCUUUACUGUGAGUCAGACAGUAAGAUGGGAAAUGUUUUGGGGUGUUUCUCCAUGUGAAUGACCUUAUUUGCUGCGGAAAGUAUGCUUCGGUAUGAUUUUCUUGCUUAGAGUUGAAGUCCCAACCGCCCUCCCUUCGAUUGUUAUGAUGAAAUGCUGAAACUAUUUUGUUGACUGGGUCUGUGCAAAGGCCACUGAAGCUGAUCACCCCUCUCUGAGUUAUUUUGUUUCAUUACUGUACUCUUCACUUUGCCUGUCCAAUGCCACCAUAUUAUUAAAAGCUUCAUGUAAUGAUGCUUUCAGUUUUUGCAAAAAAAAAAAAAAACUAUACAAAAAAAAAAAAAAAGCUGAGCAAUUUGUAAAACAUCAAAUGUUUUCUUUGUUGCAUGUCUUUUGUUCUUUAUUAAAAAUGCAGUGUUUUGAAUGUUUCUUCUUUUUUUUUUAUAAAGAUUUCAGAGUGUGAAAUCACUGAGCCUGACCUGGGCGCAGUUUUAACUUUUAAGAUCUCUGCAUAUGUAAAAAGGUAUACAAACUGAAACACAAAACUAGUGUCUUUUUGAUUCCAACUUAAAACUCUUGUGUUCUGUGGAGAAAAAAAAAAAAUCAAGGUGUAGGUUUUAUGGUCUCUUAAUUUGUACUGGUAAUGCAUACUACAAAUAAAUAGUUUCUUUUGUUG